GGCGCGCUCGUUACCAUGGUAGCCAGAGCGUCUAGCGGCCCGCUUGGUGCACCAGGAUCUCAGAGUAUUUCCGCUGGGCCUGCGCGUGGUGCCGCGGUAGAGCCGUGAUUACGGUCUUUGGUUCUCGGAGCCCAGCCACCGCUGGGGACGGGGUGGGUCCCAGCCGUCGCUGUCUGCGUGGGGCCCCACCCAACCGGCGUCUUACUUUAGGAGCCCUCCCAUGGCUUCCCAGGAUAGGGUAAAGGCAGUGACCAAAGGAACGGGCUUCUGUCGCUGCCCCAAGCAGACCACUUACACCCUUGGAACCUGCGAGCUCCUCAGAGUGAUGAUGAAGGAAUCCAAACUGACUAAGUUCCAACAGCGACACAUCAUGGACACCAUGAAAAAAGGAGAAGCUCUGCCCCUGUACUGCAGCCCGACAUCCAGCCAGAGGGUCUUGCCUGCCAAGCAGCCGGCCUCAGCCGUCUGCCUGCCUCCCAUCCUGGCGGCCCGGUCCCAGCUCCGGCCUGCCAGCAUGUGCCAGGCCAAUGGGGCCUACAGCCGGGAGCAGUUCAAGCCUCGAGCCACCCGAGAUCUGGAGAAGGAGAAGCGAAGACUCCAGGACAUCUUUGCCGCCGGGAAGGACAAGGAGGAACGGAAAAGGAAGCCCCGUGCUGUGCAGCGGAAGGACCCAGCCCCCGAGCCGGACCGGUUUGAAGAACUGGUCAAGGAGAUCCAGGAGAGGAAAGACUUCCUGGCUGAGAUGGAGGCCCUGGGCCGGGCCAGACAGUACCGAGGGCUCAUCCUCACAGAGAUCUCCCAGAAACUACGGGAAAUGGAGGACAUCGACCACCAGAGGAGCAAGGAACUCAGGAAGGCUCUGGCCACUGCCUAGUCCGUCUCCAGGGGCGGAGCAGCCCAGCCUUGACCACUGGGGCCCACCCCGUUGCCAAGCAGGGUCAUGCCCAGGUCAGCCCACCCACUCAGGCCUCCAGCCAUGUCAGAUGGUCAUACAGCACUGCCCUGGCCUAGGGUGCAGGCUACCCAGGCAUACACAGCACCCUAUAAAAUGGACGUCAGAGAAUGAUUCUUCCCAAGACUGCACCCAGGGGUCCUGGGUCAGCUGUGCCUCUUGAGAUCCAGUUUCUCUCUCUCUCUCUCUCUCUCUCUCUCUCUCUCUCUCUCUCUCUCUCUCUCUCACACACACACACACACACACACACACACACACACCUCGUGGACAGAGGUCUGAGGGCAGCCACAGGCCCGUACCCCACCACCUGCCUCGCUGCGCCCCCAUGGUUAGUCUUCUGAACUCGGGAAUGAACAUGGCUCCUUUCUUCCUUCCUGUCUUAGGGCCUGCUUCUUUGACUUCUUACAGCCUUAGGCAAAUGUUUAACCACUACGAUGAAUUGGCCAAUAAAACACAUUUAACGCAGGUCA